UGCUGCUGCCCUAAGGGGAGCCCUGAGCGAGGCUUAAGCGCGCGGAGAGCUGCAGACGCAGCCCCGGGGAGAGAGAACAGAGGAAGCCAUGAGGAGCCUGAGCUGCGUCCCGCUCCUCUUCCUGCUGCUCUCCACGGGGGAUUCUGCAGUUAUCACUGGGGCUUGUGACAGAGAUCUACAGUGUGGUGGAGGCAUGUGUUGUGCUGUUAGCCUCUGGAUUCGGAGCCUGCGGAUGUGCACACCAAUGGGAACCUUGGGAGAAGACUGUCAUCCUUUGAGUCAUAAAAUUCCAUUUUGGGGGAAGAGAAUUCAUCACAGCUGUCCAUGCCUACCUAAUUUGGCUUGUGUCUGGAUUUCUCCUAGCAAAUACAAAUGUUUACCGGAGUUCAAAAACGAAGAUAUCUUUUUCUAGCAAAAGCUGGGGAAGGAUUCUGUGCCAUUACUGUAUUCCAUGUAUUAAGAUCCUUGCUUGUUAUUGUGAUGAAGUCAUUUGUCACUGGAAAUUUUCCAAUAUACUUUCUUGCAUUGUAAUCAUUAUCAUUUUUAUGAUACCAUAGUUCAUGGCAGCCAAGAUGUUUUCAGCUGGACAAUUUCAGGGAGUUCUUCAUAUUCUUAACAGCACAAGCUAAUAUGUGCUGCAGUAGACCUGUACAACUUGAGACUUGCCAGUUCAAACAUAGCACAUCCGUCAUGUGUGGCAGACUACCUGAGGCUCAAUAAACCUCCUAUUUGUGUAGCCUACAAAAACAGGUAACAAGAGGGAACUGGCAGGCCCCAAUGCAUCAUUGCUGUGUUGCAUUUGGCUUAGAUCACAAACUGUGCAUACUUAUACUGAAGGAAUAGUACAGAUAGCUCCUCUCUCCUAAAAUCAGGCCUGCGUAAGGUUGAUCAGGUUAGCCAUCUAGAAAACGGAUGCCCACAAUUACCAAUUCAGUUUACAUAAAUUUGCUCAAGAUUUUUCUGAAUCUACUAAGAUUGAAUUAAAGUAUUUUUGCACUGCAAUAUAGGGCUAAGAACAAGACAAUUUGUUAGACUAUGAUAAUCCAGGUACAUAUUUGUUGUAAUAAUUAUACUAUUUUAGAUUAGACGUAACUUUAUUUUAAACACUUCAACUGUGUUCUUUACGUUAUUUAAAAAUGACAACCUGCACCAAAGCAUUAAGUUGUAAAAAUACUGUUUAAAAUUAAUAUACUCUGAGUAUGAGAAGAGAAAGAAUUCUUUUCGUUUUAUUGGCAUAAACUAGCAGUUUGUCAAAUGAUAUUUGAA